GCUUCGACUGCGGCGCCAAGAACCCGAGCUGGGCCAGCAUCACCUACGGGGUCUUCCUGUGCAUCGACUGCUCCGGCGUGCACCGCUCCCUGGGCGUCCACCUGAGCUUCAUCAGGUCUACAGAGCUGGACUCUAACUGGAACUGGUUCCAGCUGAGAUGUAUGCAAGUGGGCAGCAAUGCCAACGCGAGCGCUUUCUUCCGCCAGCACGGCUGCACCACCACAGACGCCAAUGCCAAGUACAACAGUCGCGCCGCCCAGAUGUACCGGGAGAAGAUCCGGCAGCUGGCGAGCGCUGCCAUGGCCAAGUACGGCACCGACCUGCUGAUAGAUGGGCUGAGUGGAGCCCCUGGGCACUCGCCUGACAAGAGCGAUGCCGAUUUUUUCAUGGAGCACACACAGUCUUCCAGUACCUGGGAUGUAGCUGACGCCAGCCAGAAUCCUGCACAGUCUUCCUUGGAGAUGGAAAAAACAAGGACAUCAGAAGGCAAAGAAGUGUCAUGUUCUAGUCAAGGCCCAUCAAUUGACUUGUUGAGCACAUCUCCUAAAGCUCCCCUAGAAAUUAAAUCUUCCCUCAUUGGAAAGAAGAAGCCAGGAGCUGCCAAGAAAGGGCUGGGUGCAAAAAAGGGUCUUGGAGCCCAGAAAGUGAGCAGCCAGAGCUUCAGUGAGAUCGAGCGGCAAGCCCAGGCUGCGGAGCAGCUGAGGGAGCAGCAGGCUGUGGAGUCCAGGAAACAAGCUGAGGAAUCCAUUGUCACCUCAAUGCGACUGGCUUAUCAGGAACUGCAGCUUGAUCGGAAGAAGGAGGAGAAGAAACUUCAGAACCUUGAAGGGAAGAAACGUGAACAAGCUGAGAGGCUGGGCAUGGGCUUGGUGUCCAGAAGUUCUGUUUCACACUCGGUGAUGUCUGAGAUGCAAGUAAUUGAGCAGGAGACGCCGCUGGUUGCAAAAUCUUCCCGCUCCCAGUUGGACUUGUUUGAAGAUGCUGGAGGCUUCACAUCUGGACCUCCCAAGUAUAAAGAUAAUCCCUUCUCAUUGGGAGAUACCUUUGGCUCGCGAUGGGAAACAGACUCUUCAUGGGGUAUUGACAAAGAGGAGGAACCUGAGGUGACCAUUUCCAGUAUUCCACCAGUUUCAGAGAGACCCAUCAGCAGGCGUGAGACAGAGAGCAGGACAUCAGCUGUGGAAUCAAAUGAAGCGCGGCAGAAGUUUGCAGGGGCAAAAGCCAUCUCCUCAGAUAUGUUCUUCGGACGGGAGGCAGAUACUGAGUAUGAAGCCCGAUCCCGCCUGCAGCAGCUCUCGGGCAGCAGCGCCAUCAGCUCCGCAGACCUCUUUGGUGACGGCGAGAACGCGCACUCAGGUGGCGUCUCAAUUGGGAAUGUCCUGCCUACAGCCGACAUCGCCCAGUUCAAGCAAGGAGUGAAAUCAGUUGCUGGCAAGAUGGCCGUCCUAGCCAACGGGGUGAUGAACUCCCUCCAGGAUCGUUACGGCUCCUAUUGAUGAUGCAGGGACUGCAGCACACAGGGAAGCCAGCAAGACGUCACCUUUGAUUGCCUGGAGUCAACACUGCAGGACUGUCUUAGUUCAUCUAGGGUGGGUGGGAAGGGGGGAGGUAAGCAGAAGGGAUCAGAAGAUGGCUGUGCCUGGACUGCUUCCCAACUAUCUCUGGAUUCCACUCUGUAUUAAAAAUCAGUGUGCCCUCAAAUCCACUGCUACUUGUUAGCAGUGGAGACAGGCCUUCUUACAGGAUUCAUGUCUUUGCUUUGAACAGUAGGACAGGAAUUCCUGCGGCUGCUCUUCUUGGUGCUCCUGCCCUUUGUGGUCUGGUCUGUACUUGAGCUGAGCAAGGGGCAGAGCAAGUGAUGCCAUUUUCCUGGACACUGUGUUACCUGGUCCCCAUGGACAUGACUGCAGCCUUGUUCUGCACAGUGCUCC